AUGCCCAUUUACACCUUUCACCGGGUUAGUGAUAAUUUGCAAAGAAUUUACAAGGUACGUUGUAGGAGGUUGCAUUCCUUUUGCGAGUUGGGUGCAAGCGAACACAACAGGAGAGGAGAGGACAAAAUCUGCCAAGUAGAUAAGAAAAUCCAGCUAACCAAUGUCAAGCUAGCUGACGCUUUGCACGACUAUAUAAGUAGUGACGACUCGGAUGGAGAGGAAUCGCCCCAGGGGAAGGCAGAAGUGUGUCGUUCUGCUGAAAGAUAUGAUGGAGGUGAACUUCAAAACGGAAUGGAAAAGGGAGUUGAUCAUAAGGAUUAUCCAGACAAUUGCGCCAAGCUAAAUUCACGCAUUAAUGGUGAGGGAACCAAAUGGGGGUAUCCUGGCGGAGGGGAGAACGAUUUCCAUAACUUAGACGAAGCGGAGAAAAAACGCGUUAAGACCCUGAGCGAUGCCACCAGCAGUCCUGCGAUUAUGCAUGGGGAGAUUUCUGACGAGUUAGGAGCAACCUCGAAAAAGGGAAAACCGAAUAGUGAUAUGCAGCAUGCGGAGAUGAAGUCGUACUUAAAUUGGUACAUACAAAGGGAACGUGAAGGUGAAUGCGGUACGAGGAGUCACCCUCGUGGAGACUACCACCCAAGUGCACUUGACGCAGAACUGAACAAACUGGAAAUCGCCCUGAGGCCCUCCCAAAACGAUGUUAACAGCAUAAAAACGUUCCUCGCUUUUCUACAGAAGGAAAUAAAUAAGCAUUACAAAAAUUGCCACGUAACGCCUUUUGGGUCUAUCAUCAACGGGUUUUGGACCCGAAACAGCGACAUAGAUAUAUGCAUUCAAAUCCCGAUACUGCUGAGCAGGAAGGACCAAAUAACAUUCCUAAAAAAAAUCUGCCUCAUAUUGAACAAUUUUAAUGAUGGAAUAAUUGAGCAGAGAUUUUCUGCAAAAGUGCCCAUCAUUCAUUUUUAUUGUAAAAGUUUAAGACACUCAUUUGAGCUGUCCUGUGAUAUUUCGGUAAAUAACAUCCUUGCGGUGGUCAACUCUAAGUUAAUUCAAAAAUAUGUAAGCAUAGAUAAAAGACUACAGUUAAUGGGAAUUGCAUUAAAAUAUUGGUCGAAAAAUAGAAAUAUAAAUGACAGAUCGAAAGGAUUUUUAUCGUCAUUUUCUUUAAUUUUAAUGAUAAUUCACUUUUUGCAAUAUGUGACGGAGCCCAAAAUUCUUACCUCCCUUCAAGACAUCUCCUUCAAAAGAAAUGAAAAACCGUUUUAUGUCAUGGGUGUUGAUUGUAAAUUUUGCCAGGACGAGAAUGUCAUUCGAGAGGAGCUGCGCAGAAUUAAUAACUACAACGAUGUGUAUGUAGACACGUCAACCCUGCUCAUUGAGUUCUUCAAAUUUUUUGGAUACAAAUACAAAAGUGGCAUAAUUGCCAUACGGGACAUAAACGAUUAUUACCAGAACUUCCAAGCUGUGAGAAGUUACGAGUCCUACUUCCUUUUCGUGGACAACCCCUUUGAAGUGGGCAAAAAUGUGGCUAACGUCCUGCCCCAGAACUACAAAACUAUUGUCAACGAAAUGCAGCGCGCCUAUAAAAUUUUAAAGAAUAACGGCUCCUGGAGGGACGUGUGCGGGGCGGACCACGUUCUGGUAUAG